AUGUCAAAUUUUCCAUAUUUCAACCAAGUAGCGUACAGGCAGUACCGAGUUAUCUCACACCCAUCCCCCUCCUCUCACACCUGUCUCAUUUACCAAUCAGUUCCACCUCCCACUAUCUACCCCUUCUCACCCUCCUCUAACCUCCUUCUCUCUUCAACUCCCCAUCCCAGCCAACAACCCUUCGAACGAAGCAACAUCGUGCACGAAACAUCAUCCGCCUUUGAUCAACUCUUUCUUCCUCCAUAUCCGCACGGUGAGAUGACGCACGCCCUCAAGACUUUUGCGAUACUUUCAACUCCCUUCGCAAUCGGAAGAGCCGCAAGGACUUACAAGGACCACCCCUCUCGGGCCUGCUACAUUAAUGAAAAAGACGUCAUGGUACAUCACGCUGAGCGGCAGGAGAGCUCACCAACCCUCAACCCGUCUGGGAUCUGGUUGACGCCGCGCACGGAGCAUGAACAGUUCUCGACUUACGCAUUCUUCCUCCUCAAGCACAUAGUCGGAAAACCCACGCAUAUCAUGCAAACCGCUCUCCUUGGGCCUGGUGUAUCAGUGACACAAACGUCAUGGUAUUUCACGCUGAGCGGCAAGGGGGUUUACCUACCCACCACCCGUGGCAGCCUUCGCGAGAGCGCCGACCCCAGGUACGGCAAAUCAAUAGCCUUUGAUCAACUCAUUCUUCCUCCAAUCCGCGCAAUGAUAUGGCGCGCGGCCUCAGGGUCUUUACGACGACUUCAACUCGCUUCGCAAUUGGAAAAGCUACAAGGUAUCCCUCAAAGGCCCAGUACAUUAGUGAUUGAAAAGCCAUUGCAUACCACGCGCAACGUCAAGUGA